AUGGGGUUUCUGGAUCUAUUUCGCGUUGCUUCUAUGCCUGUUCUUCAAGUGUUGAUAGUCACUGCACUUGGAUCAUUCCUUGCCUUAGAAUCCGUUAAUAUUUUAGGAGAGAGCACAAGAAGGCAACUUAAUGACCUUGUGUUCUUUGUGUUCAAUCCCGCACUUGUAGGUAGCAAGUUGGCUAACACCAUCACAUUCGAAAGCCUCCUAUCAUUGUGGUUUAUGCCAGUUAAUAUUUUCCUGACGUUCAUGAUCGGGUCACUACUUGGAUGGUUGCUUAUGAUGAUCGCUAAACCGGCUCAACAUCUUAAGGGUCUAGUAUUUGGUGCAUGUUCAGCAGGCAACCUUGGAAACAUGUUGUUUAUCAUAGUACCAGCUGUAUGCAAAGAAAAAGGCGCUCCCUUUGGAGAAUCGGAUGUUUGCUCCGAGUAUGGUUUGGCUUAUGCCUCACUAUCUAUGGCAAUAGGAUCUGUAUUUUUGUGGACGUAUGUUUACAACCUAGUACGGGUUUUCUCAAAAGAUUCUGGAAACAACCAAACACAAACCGUGCAAGAGGAUCUGACUGUAGCUGGAGUAUCUGUUACAGUACCUUGGCCUCCUUCGUCGGAGCCCGAACCGCCCAUCAAUGAGGGAAAAAUGAAGGUGAUGUUCGAUUCAAUGAAGCAACUUUGGAGGAACUUUUCAAGUCACAUUAACAUGAAGGCGGUGUUCGCACCAUCAACAAUCGGGGCGAUCGUUGGGUUCGUGAUUGGAAUAAUCGCACCAAUUCGCAGGCUGCUAAUCGGUACUACAGCUCCACUCCGAGUGCUUCAAGAUUCUGCGUCUUUAGUAGGGGAUGCUUCGAUUCCGGCUGUGACGUUGAUCGUGGGUGCAAACCUAUUAAGAGGUCUCAAAGGGUCAGGUAUCUCGUUACCACUUGUGCUGGGAAUCGCAGCAGUUCGGUAUGUACUCUUGCCAGGCUUUGGCAUUUUAAUCGUGAAAGCAGCGCUUCAUUUCGGCUUAGUACGCAAUGACCCUCUCUAUGUUUUCGUUCUUCUGCUACAGUUUGCGCUUCCACCGGCCAUGAACAUUAGUACAAUGACACAACUAUUUGGUGCUGGUGAGAGUGAUUGUUCUGUAAUCAUGCUAUGGACUUACGGAUUGGCAUCGAUCGCGCUUACCCUUUGGUCAACCUUCUUCAUGUGGCUCGUUGCUUGAUCACUUCCAUUUGAAGUAUUCAAACUAGAUAUAUAUGCUUCAGUUCAAUAGUUUGUUAACUAGAUAUUGUCGAAGGAUUGUAACUAGCUCAUCUAUUUUCUGUCUGGUAUUAUCUCAUGUUUAUGG